AUAUAAUUAGAAUCCUUCUAAAAUGUCUUUUGAAUUUUAUCCUGGAUUAUCACAGAAUUUUUCUCAAUUACUUGAGGAUACAGAUGAACAUAAUGUUAUUAUUAAAGUUGGAGAAGGUUCAAAUACAAAAGAAUUUCGUGCUCAUUCUAUUAUAUUGAAAGCUCGUUCUAUUUAUUUUAAAAAAGCUCUUUCACAGGAUUGGGUUACUAAAGAAAAUAACAUGAUUAAUUUUACUAAACAGAAUAUUUCUCCUAUUGUGUUUGAGAUGAUUAUUAGAUAUAUAUAUACUGGUAUUCUUGAUUUAAAAGACAAAGAUGUUUCAGAUAUUUUAGAUCUUCUUGUGGCAUCUGAUGAAUUAUUUAUUGAGGAAUUGGUUACUUUUAUACAAAAGUACUUGAUUGAAAGUCAGACUGAGUGGGUAAGACAAAAUAGUUUCAAAAUUUUCCGUAAGGUGAUUAAAUUAGAAAGUUGUAAACAACUUCAAGAAGGUUGUUAUGAAAUUAUUUAUGAAUAUCCUGAACCUUUUUUAAAUUCCCCUGAAUUUCCAAGAUUGGAAAAAAAUAUUCUUCUUAAUUUAGUUAAGCAAGAUAAUUUAAUCAUUGAAGAAAUUGAAUUAUGGAAUUAUCUUAUUAAGUGGGGAAUUGCUCAAACUUAUGAAUUAGAUGAUAAAAAUAUAAAUGAUUUAAAUAAAUGGAACAAAGAAGAUUUCUUAGCUUUGAAGAAAACUUUAGAACCAUUUAUCUCGCAUGUCAGAUUUUUCGAUAUUUCUCCAAAAGAUUUUCAUAAUAUUAUCUUUCCUUUUAAAAAAGUGUUACCUGAAACACUUCGUAAAGAAUUAUUGUCUUUCUAUAUGACCGAGACUUUACCUGAAAAUGUAUUACUUCCUCGUAAUGGAAUUAUUACUAUUGAUUCAGUUAUUAUUAGACCAAAACAUGCCGCCAUUCUUUCUAACUGGACUCAAAGAAAUGAAGCUACUGCAAGAAUUCCAAAGAAUAAAUUUAAUUUUAACCUUAUUUACCGUGGGAGUAGAGAUGGUUUUGAUAAAGACAUCAUGCGUAGUAAAUGUAAUGGACAAAGAGCAACUAUUUUAGUUAUCAAAAUUAAAGAAAAUGGAAUUAUAAUUGGUGGUUAUAACCCGUUAAGUUGGGGUUAUUUUGACCAUGUCAGAUCUUUGAAUUUAUCAAAUGCUUGGAAAAAAACUACGGAAAGUUUCAUUUUUUCUUUAGGUAAUAAGAAAGAUUUUAAAAAAGUUAUUAGUCGAGUUGUCAAUAGCGAUUGUGCAAUGUUUGAUAGUAGUAAUUAUACAAAUGUUGCUUUAAAUUUCGGUAAUAGCGAUUUAGUGAUUAAUGGAACAAAUGGUUCUUGCAAUAGAAAAUAUUACAAUUGAAGAAAUGGAAAUUUUUAAAUUUUAUCAAAGCGAGUGACUUAAUAGUAAUAAUAAUUACAUAAUUAUUUGUUUCUUCGUUAUAUUAUUUUAUAUUUUAUCCUUAUAGUAUUCAAAGUGUAUGACAUAUUUAAUACGAAGAUUUUAAUUAUUAUUACUUAAUUUC